UCUGACAUGCCUCACCCAUAACAGGUUGACAUAUACACAAAAAAAAAAAAGAAAAAAAAAAAGGAAGUAGUCCUCUUUUUUUUAUUUUUAUUUUUAUUUAUUUAUCUGUUGAUUAGGGCCGGGAGGAAAGUAUUGCUUGGUUGGUUACCUACCUGCGUUUUCCCUCCCACCCACCCCUUUGCUUGCAUUCCCGACUGCGUACAAUGCCACGUCAGCAGUGCCAUGUCAGCAACAGUGCCACGUCAGCAGUGCCACAUCAGCAACAGUGCCACGUCAGCAGUGCCACGUCAGCAACAGUGCCACGUCAGCAGUGCCACGUCAGCAGUGCCACGUCAGCAGUGCCACGUCAGCAACAGUGCCAUUCGAGGUUGUCCGCCUACAGGCUGAAGCGGCGGCAAAAGCUGAAUAAAGCAGACACAGAUACCCAGGCACGCCGAAAGGAAGCCCAGGAUCUGCUGCACCGGCACGAAGCUGCCAGCAUCGAAAAACUCAAGUUCUGGCACUUUGAACCAUCCGAAGAGCACGACGACGAGACACCGGAGGAGCAGCACAAGGAAUUCAUGGCCAAGCUCAUGACCCGGUUGGUCUACACUUGUAACCACCUGCAGUCCGAGCUGGCGAUUCUCCGACGGGCAAUGCAGAGCCACAAGGAUUUGCACGAGGAUGCUAUACGGGCACUUCAUUCCCGUGUACAGGACUUGGAGCAAGUUGCACCAAGACCGAAUGUUGGCGAGACCAACAGUGCACCCUCUACCCGUCAAUUGGAGGAACGAGUUGACCACGUAGUCGCAAUGCUCAGCGACAUCAGUACCUUCGCUGCACCAGCCACCAUCAGCAAUCAACUGGACACCUUGAAGACCGAGGUUCAGCAACUGCAACAGCUGCCUAACAACACCACGCAGCAUUACAAGAUGUCGACAUUCCAAAUCGAGAAGUUCGAUGAUUACACGCAUCAAGACCCGGUCAUCUGGUGGGAGGGCUUUACGACGCAACUUCGGAUUAUGUUCGUCCCCAAGCACUUGUACAUCCGCGCGCUGUUCCUCAACUCAAAGGGCGGAUGCGAGAUCUGGUUGAGCCACCUGGCGACCGUCCACGGCGUCGACGUCGCAGAUCUGAAAGAUAAGAUCUCUUGGGAAGAGUUAACACGGCUAUGGAAGAAGCGGUUCAUCGUGGACGACGCCCCGACGCUCGCCAUCAACCGCCUCUUCGCUAUGACGCAAGGCAACACAACGACACGUGACUGGCUCAUAGAAUGGCAAAAGAUCGCGGCGACACCGGAUCUCGAAUUGCCAUUUUCGCACCUGCGCCGGGAGUUCUACAACCGGUCAUGUGCCGCCUUGAGCCUUGCACUUGGUGAUCGCGAGCAAUACGCGACCUUCACCGAAAUCAUCGACAAGGCAAGGGAGAUCAUCAAGACCAAUAGGGCAGCUGCACACGAGAAAUCGGCAUGGCAGCCAACCUAUGUGGAGAAAGGAAAAUUUGGUCCGCGUUCGCAGCAUGUCGCUGCAGUCCACACAGACAACAUUGUGGAAGACCCGGCAGCCACCCAAGCAUCACGUGAGGGAGAUCAGGUGGUUGUUGUCCAGCCGCGAAGCAACAACAAGUCCCAAGCGAACGGGAAGGAGGCAGCUGAGCUAGAGGCUGCAACAGAUCAUUCCAGAAGAGAAUAUAUGUUGCAGCAGCUAAACAAGGCGCUCACAGAUGAUCGUUGUGCCCAGGUCACCAAGCACAUGGCAGAGAUGAUCCUACUAGAACACAAGAUCACCAGUUCACAAUUCACGAACUGGGAUGACUGCUUUGUGCGAUUGGAGCGUCGGGUUGAUGACCUGUCAGCUCAGCAGUCUAAGAUCCUGGAUGCUAUCCAGAGCUUGACUGCUCAGCUGCCAGCCGCCAAGCUGAUUGCCCCUCAGCUCCCUCUGUUGAAACCCAAACCUUCUCCUCCUUCUUCGCCCCCUUCCACUCCCCCUGGUUCAGUUCAUUCUUCCCGGUCACCAUCUCAUUCCCAAAAGGCCUCAGGCAAGGCCACCUAUGCUGCUGUUACUGCAGGAGACCAAAGAGGUCCCAAGAUCCCUGCUCCCAACAAGUUCAGGGGCGAUGACCCCAAGACCGAUGUUGGGGACUGGGCUGCUGGGACCAGGGCCUACUUGAGGGGCUUUGUCUACGCAGAACAGACCAAGGUGGCGACUGUCCUGGGGCUGCUGGAAGGGCCUGCACUGAAGUGGGCCACUUCCACUUCCAGUAGUCUGCAACAGUCCAUGGAGGACUGGGCUUUUGGGCUUGGGGUGGACAAAUUUCUGCAGGCCCUGGAGGACCGAUUUGCAGACAAGGAGCGAGCCCGCAAGGCUGCUGACAGGAUUGCUCGCCUGGGACAGCAGCGGUACAGUGGGACUCUGCAGGCCUUGUUUGCUGAGUUUGAGCAACUCACCUCCACCCCUGGGUUGGUCAUGUCCACAGAUGAUCUGCUGACCAACUUUUGCAAGGCAGCGCCUGAGAAAUUUGUUGUUGCACUGUAUAGCGCUGGGCACAAGGACUGGAGGUCCUUUGGCCGCGCAGCCCUGGAAAUGGAGGCAAAGCUCCAUGUCCAGGCCCCAUCCUCUGAUAGGAGGAAAGAUUCCCAGGAUGAUGCACCUUCAGCUGGGACUGGAUCUGUUGCUGAUCUAGAUGUUGCGGCAGCCGUGACUCAGGCUGUUCUGGGAGUUGUGCAGCUGCAGAGGAAGUUCUCCCUCACCACAGCCUCAGCCACUGCCAAGGGGAAGGAUAAGGGACGUCGGCCUUCCUCUUCCCAGCGCCCUAACUUGCCCAAAGAUGUCCAGAUGCCUGAGGUGCGAGGGGCAGCACUUCCUGAAGGACUGCCCUUACAUGCCAGGCCCAAGUCAGUCAAAAAACUGAAACAGACCCUGGGGACUGCAGUUCCCCCCCGUGCUGCACCUUCAUCUACGCAGGUAGAUGAAUCUGCAGCUGUUUCAGUUGAGACUGUAUGUGAUGAUGAUUGUUUGGGGACUGCGAGGGCAGCAUCCUUCUGUUAUGAGGAUCCUGACCCGGAUCAGGACCCGGGGCAGGAUGAGCUUCAGUCACUUGCAGCGUUCUUCCUUCACCUGAAGGAACAGAAGAAGUGCAAGUCUUAUCUCAUCAUGCUUCGGCCCCUGAUCAACCACACCAGGAUCACUGGGCUUUUGGACUGUGGAGCCACCAGGAACUUCAUGUCUCCCAGUGCAGUUAAAAAGUUGCAUUUGGGCAUGAAAGUUCAGCAGCUGCAGCAACCACUGCUGGUGAGGAUUGGUGACUCUACAGUGCUGAGCAUCAGGGAGAGGGUCAAGGGUAUCCCUAUGACCUUCGACAGUGUUGGAGAAGUCAGACAUAGUCUGAACUUCUACAUCUUCCUUGAGCUGCCCUUUGAAUUGGUAUUCUCUAUGCAGUGGCUGAAGGCAGUCAACCCAAGGAUCGACUGGCAGAUCCCAAAGAUUGAGCUACCUAAUAGCCAGGGUGUGUAUCAGCCAUGCAUAAUUGUUGCCGAUCACCACCCUAAGACAUCUUGCUACUGCCUGAGAGUUAGAGAGUUUCAUGCUCUCUCACGCCAGUACCACCACGAGCGUCUGUUUAUUGCUCUGGUCAAGCAAACAGAUGCUCCCCCUGUUUCCUGUCCUCCUGAGAUACAGCAGGUGGUAGAUCAGUAUGCUAAUCUGAUGCAGGAGCCCUUUGGGUUACCCAACCGGCCAACCAAGCAUCGCAUCGAGCUGCUGCCUGGAGCGGUCCCUCCUAAGGGCCGCAUCUACAGGAUGUCCCCUGCUGAGCUUGAGGAGCUCAGAAAGCAGCUUGAGACCCUGACCAGCAAGGACUGGAUCAGACCCAACACUUCUGAAUUCGGUGCACCUGUUCUCUUUGUGCCCAAAGGGAACGGUGAGUUCAGAAUGUGCAUUGACUACAGGGGUCUCAAUAAGAUCACUAGGAAGAGUACUGAGCCGCUUCCUAGGAUCGAUGACCUCUUGGACAUGGCGCAGGGCUGCACAGUGUUCAGCAAAGUCGACCUCAAAUCUUUCUACCACCAGAUUGAGAUGGCAGAGGAGGAUGUCUAUAAGACAGCCUUCAAGACCAGGCUGGUCAUGCCAUUUGGACUUUGCAACGCCCCAGGCACCUUCCAGACAGAGAUGCACCGCAUCUUCAGGCCUUACCUGGACAAGUUUAUGGUUGUCUACCUGAAUGAUAUCCUGGUAUUCAGCAAAACUGCCAGGGAACAUGCGGAGCACUUGGCUCUUGUCCUUCAGUCGUUACGUGACAGCCAGUACAAGAUCAACAGAGAAAAGUCCUCUUUUGGAGUUCCCUCUGUCAUCUACCUGGGUCAUGUAAUCUUUGGAGAUGGCCUGGCUCCUGAAGCAGCCAAGAUUGCUGCUAUUCAGGAGUGGCCUCAGCCUCAGACAGUGAGGGAUGUCAGGUCCUUCAUGGGUUUAGCCUCCUACUACGGAAAGUUUGUCAGGAACUUUUAUGCAGUGGCUGCACCCCUGACUAACCUAACAAAGAAGGACACUCCCUUUCUUUGGUCCCUCCACUGUCAGUUGGCCUUCACACGACUCAAGAAGGCCUUGACUCGUGCGCCUGUGCUGAAGUUACCUGACCCCACUUUGCCAUUCAUCCUGACCACUGACGCUAGUCAGUAUGGCAUUGGGGCAGUUCUUCAGCAGGAUGAUGGGAAUGGUCUACGGCCUGUAGAGUUUAUGAGUAAGAAGAUCAGGACUCAAAAGCUCCAAGACUCCACCUACGAGAAAGAGCUAUAUGCUCUUGUCUGUGCCCUGAAACAUUGGAAACACUUUCUCCUGGGCAGGCACUUCAAGAUCUUUUCAGAUCACUCCACCCUCCAGUGGAUGAAGUCCCAGGGAGAGCUUAAUGAUAAGUUGGCACGAUACAUUCAGUUCAUUGACAUGUUUGACUUUGAACUGAAGCAUAAGAAGGUCUGCUACAAUAAGGUAGCAGAUGCCCUCUCUCGUAGGUCUGACUCUUUUGCGCCGAUCUCCUCUACUCACUCCUUUGGAGAGGAGACCCAUCAGACCAUUGCUCGUCUACUGCCUCAGGACGAGACUUUCGGGCCCAUUGUCAGGAAUCUGCAAACAGAUCCUAACUCUGAAUCAGGCUAUACUCUGAGUUCAGACCUGCUGUAUACUUACAGCAGAGGAGAGGAGCGCUUGUGCAUUCCCCAGGACCAGCGGCUCAGGACACUGCUGAUGUCAGAGUGUCAUGAUGCCCGUGGACAUUUUGGGUUCCUAAAGUCUUAUGCAGCCCUGUCGCAGCGCUUCUUCUGGAAGGAGAUGCGGAGUGAUAUGCUGCGUUAUGUGGACACCUGUGAGCUCUGCCAAAGGGAUAAGGUCCACCGUAGACCUCCUUUGGGACUGCUCAAACCCUUACCCAUACCUGAUGGCCCUGUUGAAUCUGUGUCGAUAGACUUCACAGAUUUAGGCAAGACCACCCCUCGUGGCAUGCGUCAGGUUAUGGUCUGCGUGGACAGGUUCGCCAAAUACGCAGAGUUCAUCCCCUUGCCAGAGGUAGCUAGGGUACCGGCUGUGAGAGCAGCCUUAUCCGAGAGUGCAGUUAUGGAACAACGAUCUUGUACUCCCGGCUUUGCACGCCAGGAUGAUGGUCGCAGUGUGGGUGUAGCGGAUGGUGGGUAUCACAUGCAGCCAUCGUUAGUUUUGAGCUCAUAUGCCAGCGACGACUGCAUGGAUGCAGUCAGGCAACAGUUGAUUCACCGUGUGCAAGGCAUGCAAUCCUCCACCUCUCCGUUGCUGCUUCGCUCGGCUUUGGAGGGAAGUGUUGUUGGUAUGCAGCCUUCGGAUGAAUACAUGGCCUCUGCCGCUCCUCGUCCGUUGCAGCUGGCAGCGAGAGCUGAGAAAUCUGAGAAGCUGGGCAAUGGCAAGGGGGUUGGGAAGGUGUGGGAUGUCGUGUCCAAAGAUAUGGAAGCCGGUCGCUGGAACAGGGAAGCGGAGGAGUGUAAAAGGCGGUGGAAUGUCGUGAGGUGGUGGUACAACGAACUGGCGGACAACGACAAGAGGAGUGGGCACGCCAAGUACUUCCGAAUGACCCCGGCGGAGUGGAUUGAAGCGAACCUGAAAUUCAACUUCAGGAGGUCAUGGUACAAUCUCUUGGAACAGUAUUUCAGAAGUGGAAAAAGUAAAGCUCUUCACCCCGGCCAUUUACAGGAUCUGGGGGCUGAGGAGGAGAGUAGCCCCCCUGUGGCUGGCCAGGAAGCCGUUCAGGAGGGGGCGGGAGAAGGCGGAGCACAGGAGGCAGCGGCACAGGAGGCAGCGGGUGGAGAUGCGGGCGCUCCUCGAGGGCCAUCAGCCAGCUCGUCUUCCACUGUCAUGGCCAUGACUGAUUCCACACCAGCGCGUAAAAGGAGUCUGCCAACGAGCAGAGCAGGGUUAGCAACUCUUGCACAAAGCUUCACUGCAACACCUUGUCUCAGCUAUCUGACCACGAACUUGCUGGACAACAACAGAUGAAUGAGCUCACAUGUACCAUCAUGCACGAGGAUAUCACAUCCCGUGAAAGAACUGUCGA